UCGAUGAUGUGGCGGAUCAUGGAGGCCGAGGUGAUGAGCAGGUGUCCGGCGGCCUGGCGAAUCUAAGUUUCGUUUUCGUUUACAGAAGAUUGAAAGUCAACGUCUUUGCCAACGCCUCUCGCAUAGAGCUAUUAGGCUACAUAAGCUAGGUGCGGUCCAGCAAGGAGAAGUGGUCUUUCAGUCAGAACAAGAAACAAACGGAAUUUAUUUCCCCACGUUCAAGAACAGUUUCAGGUCUACUUUUAAUACGAUUAACUUAAUCGAAGACAUGUAUAAAAGCAUAAGCAGCAGCAGCAACCAGGCGGGGGACAGGAAGCAGCCAGCUAUUUUCUGUGACAUGUGUGCGGAGGAGGACCGGAGGGCCGCGGCGAAGACGUGCAUGAAGUGCGAGAUCUCCAUGUGUGUUGAGCACCUCCAGCCGCACCUGACCACACCGGUUCUACUUCUAUCUCACCCUCUGACCGAGCCCAUGGCUCCCGGGGCGGAGGGCUUGGGUGGGACGAGGUGCCCCCAACACGGAAAGCUCCUCGAGUACUACUGCCUGGACGACCUGACGAGUGUGUGCGUGUCGUGCGCCAUCGAAGACCAGCAUCGCCUCCACAACAUGAAGACCUUUCCGAAGGCGCAAGCGGAGCUGGUGGAAAAGAUCGCGGAGGGGGAGCGAGCUAUGGCCGCAAAGCGAAAAGAAAGCGAGGAGCUGGGGAAAUGGGAACAGAGUAAAAGGGAAGAGGUGAGCCAAUACAGCUUGCGCCUUAUCGAUGCCGUUACGAAACUGCGCGACAUGACCCUGAACCGCGUACAGAGCUCGGUCUCUGCCCGCAUGGGCUGCAUCGCGACCGGCGGUAGUAGCAUACAGGCGGUCAUGGGUGAAAAGGACACCUUCCGUUUCCUGCAGCUCUAUUCCCAAGUGAACCAGGACAUGGAAAGGGCUAAAGCGGUUGAUCUGAGGAAGGGAUUGGAGACGGGGCAGGAGUGUGACAAGUUAUCCCAGGAGUUGCAGGAAGUGGGGGCAGAGAUGAUGGAUCAAGCGACCAAGUUAUGCGGCUCCGUGUUGAUGUUUGUUGACCCAGAAAACCAACGAGAGACACCGGGGAACGCCAACGCUAUCUUUGCACCGCGGACAUUGGUACAAGGGAUGUCGCUGUCUGCGGACCUCAGGAAAGCCUUUUACAGCCAGGCCCAGCAGUCUGGGACGAAUAAUCAGUGUACUCUGCUGAUUAAAGACGCCAACUCGACGAGCCCCCUCCACAGUUGGAAAAUUGCCGUGUCGGAGUACUACGAUUGGACCAUAGGCUUCUGCGAACAUGAAUCUACGUUAGCUCAAGGAAUUGUGUACGCGCUGUGUAUCAAAGACGACCUACUGAGCUACCUGAAGAACAAUCCCCUGGACAACCCAAUUGGAGCCAUUGGAAUCCCGCAUCAGAUCCCAGGAGUGGUCAGACCUAAAACUGUCGAAGUGUGCUGGAACCCUCAAGAUUUCUCGUUAUCCUUUUUCACCUGCAGCAGCCGUCAUUACCAACGGAGACUCAUCGUUUCCAUUGAUGUGGGAAACAGUAGUUCUGUCUUGAAGCCAUUUGUUAAACUGCAGAGCAGCCUUGCUCUGCAGCAGCCAAAACUUCAGCAGCAGAUAAAUAGCGUAGGCCUAGGGCAAUUUUGGGGCCAACAAAACAUUGGUUACCAUAACAACUCAUUCAAUGUGACAAGCCUACUUUGUGAACUCUUGUAGUAGAAGUUGUCACAUCACACUUUGAUGGCCACAGAGAACACAUGCACUAGAGGGCGCUCUUUCUAAAUUGUAACAAACACGCGCACCAAGGAUCUGAAUGAACGGGUAACUUUCAGUUUAAUGUUAAUACGAAAUGCAAGGAUAAAAGGAAGUGUAAUUAUGUCAAUUAUUGUCGAAAGUAUUUUUUUUUUAUGGCAAAGAGAUUGAGGCAAGAGUAUACAAGUGUGUCAUGUUUCACAUUUUAUCUAUAAAUAUUAACUUUUUGGUAACCUGUUAUUAUAAUUAUUUGAGAGAGGACCCAGCACAGUUGCCUGUGCCCAAUUUCUCAGUAAAUUAUGAUCCGCUUGAUAAGAAUAAAAAGCAAUGAUUGGUGAAUUGCCAUUUGCAACAAAAUAGCAGUGGACUCCUGAUAGGGCGGAUCCCGAGCAGUGGAAGCUGAAGCUGUAUGUUCUCGUCUAGACUACAGAAAUGGUUGUUGUGGUCAAUAUAUUAUUUUUGCUUUCCCAUGGAAUUAAACAGUAGGUCUGCUUGGUUAAAAGACAAUUACAAAUGUUAUUUUUUUUUUUUUAGUUUUACAAACUAGUAUAAAUUCGAAACCAGCAGUUUAUAUGCUAUGCUAAAAUGUGUGUGGAAGUAGCAACAGCAGUAGCUAGUAGAAAAAUAUAGCCUAGUGAGGUCUACAGGGAGCAGGCAAAAGUGCAGAGAGUGUAAUAUCAAUACAUGUAUUUAUUGGUGGGUCAAAGUAUGGUUGAAAUGAUAAAUGGGCUAGCCUACAUCUUUGUAGCGGGUUUUUUCGGCCCCUGCCUAACCCGAACUACAUUCUGAGACUGUCUGCCAGCCAUACUUUUAAUACAGAAAUAUUGAAAUCCUGACCUCUACUGGCAUCCAACUGGAAUUCAUGUUUCAGAUAUUACUCGCAUAAUUGCUUUUGAAAUUAUAAUGAUUGAACUUUGGCCAGAUAUAUCAGCAACCGUUUAAUUGGGAUUUCUUUCAAAAGCUAUUUUGAAUCUGUCAACCGUUGUAGUCUUUAAUAGACUUGAAUUCAGUUGAAAGCCAUAAUAUCACUGAGAUAAUUAACAUGGUUUGUGAAAAUGAAAUAAAAUGAAUGUAUUACAGAACAAAAGUGUCGUGUAUGUUGU